AUUGUUUGAAGGACGGUCACCAAGGAAGCCUGAGAAACUUAAGACCCUUUUCUGCUAUUUUAGAAGAGUCACAGAGAAAAAACCAACAGGACUGGUGACAUUCACAAGGCAGUGUCUCCAGGAGUUUCCAGACUGGGAAAGGUCUCAGAAAAAACUGUCUAGAUUACAUGUCACCCAUGAAGGCACCAUCGAAAGCAAUGGACAAGGUAUGCUACAGGUUGAUUUUGCAAACCGUUUUGUUGGAGGUGGUGUGACUGGGGCAGGACUAGUACAAGAAGAAAUUCGGUUUCUGAUCAACCCAGAACUGAUUGUAUCGAGGCUCAUCACUGAAGUCUUGGAUCACAAUGAAUGUCUUAUCGUCACAGGUACUGAGCAGUACAGUGAGUAUACAGGCUAUGCAGAAACCUACCGGUGGGCAAGAAGCCAUGAGGAUAAGACCCCAAGGGAUGAAUGGCAGCGGCGCUACACUGAGAUUGUUGCUAUAGAUGCAUUUCAUUUCAGACGUUUCCUUGACCAGUUUAGUCCAGAGAAAAUCAGAAGAGAGCUCAACAAGGCCUACUGUGGCUUCUCUAGACCCAACAUUCCACCUCAGCACCUCUCUGCAGUGGCCACAGGAAACUGGGGGUGUGGUGCCUUUGGAGGGGAUCCCCGAUUAAAAGCCUUAAUACAGAUAUUGGCAGCUGCUGAGGCCGGGCGUGAUGUGGUUUAUUUUACUUUUGGAGAUGUGGAGCUGAUGAGGGAUAUUUACAGCAUGCACACUUUUCUCUGUGAGAAGGGUCAAACUAUUGGGGACAUCUAUAGGCUGUUACUGAGAUACUACAAUGAAGAAUGCAGAAGCUGUUCUACUUCAGGACCAGAUGUCAAGCUCUACUCGUUCAUAUACAACACUGUUGAGUCCUAUGCAGAUUCGACUGAUGAUGAUGAAGAAAAAGAGGUGUGCUCUGAGGAUUAAAAUACAUGUGUUUGAUCAGAAUAUUGUUCUCCUCC